AUGAGUCUAACAAAAACACUAUUCUGUGCCGUUGGGCUCGCUGCCAACGUUGCACGCGUUGCCGCCGCAGAUCUCGACGACUUCAUCUCCAGUCAAAGAACUAUUGCGCUCAAUGGUGUUCUGAGCAACAUCGGACCUGACGGUGCCUCAGUUGCAGGCGCAAGUGCCGGCAUCGUCGUUGCCAGCCCGUCCAAGGCCGACCCCGACUACUUCUUCACGUGGACUCGCGAUGCCGCCCUGACCAUGAAGAUGAUUGUCGACGAGUUCAUCCUCGGACACGACGAGCUCCAGGUCCACAUUGAGGACUAUUACAAGUCCCAGGCCGUUCUGCAGACCGUCAGCAACCCUUCCGGAUCGUUCCUCCCGUCCGGCCGGGGCCUCGGCGAAGCAAAGUACCUGGUCGACGGCUCGCGCUUCAACGGCGAAUGGGGUCGCCCGCAGAGAGACGGUCCGGCGUUGAGGGCCAUCACGCUCAUCACCUACUCCCGCUGGCUCGUCGACAACGGACAACAGGCCAAGGCCAAGGAUGUCAUCUGGCCCAUCAUCUCCAACGAUCUAUCAUACACCGCCCAGUACUGGAACUCAACCGGCUUCGACCUGUGGGAGGAGGUCAACGGCUCCAGCUUCUUCACAACCCAGAACCAGUACCGCGCCCUCGUCGAGGGAGCCGCGCUCGCCGAGUCGCUCGCCGUCAAGUGCACGGGAUGUGAGCUGGCCCCAGACGUCCUCUGCUUCCUCCAGACGUACUGGAACGCAGCGGACGGCUACUACGUCGCUAAUGUCAACACGCAGACGCAGCGCUCCGGCAAGGACGCUAACGUCAUGCUCGGCUCGAUUGCCGUCUUUGACGUGGCAGCGAGCUGCGAGGACCCUUCGAUCCAGCCGUGCCACAGCAAGGCCCUGAGCAACUUCAAGGUCUGGGUCGACUCCUUCCGCAACGGCACGCUGUACCCCGUCAACGAGGGCAUCGCGCAGGGGCAAGGUGUUGCUCUCGGCCGGUACAUCGAGGACACGUACUAUAACGGCAACCCUUGGUACCUCAUCACCCUCGGCGCCGCCGAAUUUCUUUACGACGCAGUGGCGCAGUGGAACGCCCACGGCCAGAUCAAGGUCGACGCGACCUCCCUCCCCUUCUUCAAGGAACUCUACCCGACCGCCAGGGAGACGACCUACCAGAAGAACAGCAACUGCACCCUCGAAUACGCCGGCAUCGUCAAGGCUGUCAACGCCUACGCCGACUCCUUUAUCGCGGUCGCGCAAAAGUACACCCCCGCCGACGGCGCCCUCGCCGAGCAGUUCAACAAGACCACCGGAUCCCCGACCUCGGCCCGCGACCUUACUUGGUCCUACGCCGCCUUCAUCACCAUGGCCGAGCGCCGCGCCGGCCAGUACCCGCCCAGCUGGGUGCCCGAGACCUCGUCAGAGGUUCCCUCUACCUGCGCCGCCUCCACCACGACCGGCGUCUACGUUCCCGCUACCGCUGCCGGCGCGCCCGACGUCACGGGUUCCUGCACCGUGCCGGUAACCUUCCUCGUCAACGCCACCACCUACUACGGUGAGGGCUUCUCUCUCCUCGGCAACAUUGCCGAGCUCGGCGCGUGGAACGUCGACAACGGACAGCCCAUGUCGGCGUCCGGGUACACCGCCGAGCGUCCGCUCUGGAGCGUCGACGUCGAGCUCCCCGGCGGAUCCAACGUCAGCUACGUCUACGUGCGGAAACAGAGCUGCGGCUUCCUCUAUGAGGAGAGGAACCGCACGCUCACGGUGCCGGCGUGCAACUCUACGCAAAAGGUGGUCACGGACGAUGCGUGGGUUGGAAAGACGAAUGGGUGCUGA